CUGUCACUGUCUCUUUUGCCUGUUGUAAUUCCGUCUGCCUCUCUCUGACUCUGCCUGUCUCACUUUCUGUUUGUGUCUCUCCUCACUCUUGUUCCUUCAGUGUGACUCACAGCCCAUCCUCUUUCUGCCCUCAUGCAUUUGUCUUUGUUGUGCUUUGUCUUUCUGCCUUGACACCAUCCUCUUUCCCCGGGCUUUCCAUCUACUUCUGUAAGGCUUAAUUGCUUGGGCAGGGCAACAGAGGCUAGCGGCCUCUCUCCUGGCUUCCCUCUUCCUUUUACUGAGCCUGCCAGUCAGGAGGGCUGCGGGUCCUGCAGCCGUGGGUGGCCUACAGCCAAAGGAGGGAGGAGCCCAUCCGGGCGGGAUUGGCCCUAAGUCCACCUCAAAAAGCCUGGGGCGAGGGGCGCAACGCGUUCUGGAUGAGCCCCGGAGGGCCGGUUUGGUCAGAGAGUCCCCGCAGGCUCAGUCGGGGCUUUGCAGUGUCAUGCCCCGGAGCCCCCGGACGGCGCCGAGCUGGGCGCUGUUGCUGCGGCUGCUGGCACUGCUGCGGCCACCGGGGAUGGCUGAGGCGUGCAGCUGCGCCCCUGCGCACCCCCAGCAGCACGUCUGCCACUCGGCGCUUGCCAUUCGGGCCAAAAUCUCCAGUGAGAAGGUAGUUCCUGCCAGUGCAGACCCUGCUGACACUCAAAAAAUGAUCCGGUAUGAAAUCAAACAGAUAAAGAUGUUUAAAGGGUUUGAGAAAGUCAAGGAUGUUCAGUAUAUCUAUACACCUUUUGAUUCCUCCCUCUGUGGUGUGAAACUAGAAGCUAACAGCCAGAAGCAAUAUCUCUUGACUGGUCAGAUCCUCAGUGAUGGAAAAGUCUUCAUCCAUCUGUGCAACUACAUCGAGCCUUGGGAGAACCUGUCCUUUUUGCAGAGAGAAAGUCUGAAUCACCACUACCAUCUGAACUGUGGCUGCCAAAUUACCACCUGCUAUACAGUUCCCUGUACCAUCUCAACCCCCAACGAGUGCCUCUGGACAGACUGGCUGUUGGAACGGAAGCUCUAUGGGUACCAGGCCCGGCAUUAUGUCUGCAUGAAGCAUGUUGAUGGCACCUGCAGCUGGUACCAGGGCCGCCUGCCCCUCAGGAAGGAGUUUGUUGACAUCAUCCAGCCCUAGUAGGGGCCAGUGACCAUCACAUUCUUUCAAGCAUCGUGAAGCCCAAGCCAGUUCUCCUUCCCUGUGGAGCUCUGGCUGUCACCACCUGCCUCAUCACUGCCAGUCAAUGGAAAGUACCAAGUGGAUGGUCUGGCUAGUGUUAGGAUAGGGAUGGGGCAUGUUAUAGCUUGUGUCCAAAUGCCAGCUCAACACCUGUCAAGGGCCAGGGAAAGUAACAUGACUUUUCUAGCCAGCCUUCAGCCCAUCUCCCCUGCCUCCCAAACCCUUUUAGUCUAGCUGAAACCUGUUAUUGAAAGUUUUGACUUUGGCUUAGUCUGUUUUCUAAAGCCAGAACUAUUCCUUUUUCUCCCCAGGAGAGUGUGUUUUCUCUUACCUUAACUGAUCUGAUAGGGGAGAAAGGGUGAUUAUUACACAUAUGAGAUACUAUAGCCUUGUGAUGUACAAUACCAGAAGGUGGAUUCACAGAAUCAGAAACAAGCUGAUUUGGAGGAAUGAAAAGAACAACCCACUAUGGCUGUAUGCCCUUUACUCAUGUCCCAACUCAUCCUAAUCCUCUCGUAUACUUUCAUCUGUUUGGGUAGACACUUGGGGAAUACAGAGUCACUCAAUGUGAGACCUGCAAUGACUUAACCUCCCUCCACAUUCUAUAAUCCCCUGUAUACCAUUCCUGGCAGAGGUUCUGGCCCAGUUAACAUACCUCUUUGGACAAGAAUAGACUUAGGUAUUGUCUCUCCAGGUUAACUAUCCUUAAUGCCCUCAACUGAUGUCCAUAAAGCUUCUCCUCUGUUUCUUUUAGAAAGUCAUUCUCUACUAGAUUACUGUCUUUAUUCCUAAUUCAGAAUUUUUUUUUUUAAGCCAAAAAAGCCUUUCUCUUGUAGAGAUGAAAUUCCCCUUUAGCUUUUGACACCUCAGAGAGAGGACAAUUGGGGGCAAAAGAUGGUAGAUGGGGAACAUAUUUUGCAACUGUUACAACUGUUUUCAGUGGUUAGCCCUGCUAGACUUUAUGGCAGGAAAAAAGCCAGCUUUGUUCCCUGUCUGCCCUAAAGUUCAGUCCCCUCAUCACUGUGUGUUAGACUCCCUGAGAACUCCAAGCACAGACCCCUUAGUGUUCCUUAGAUUCUGCAAGGCUUCCUGGCUUGCCCUGAAAGGGAAAGCCCUUAUGUUCAUCUCAAGGAUUUAUAAGGAUGAGGUCUUAAAGUUCCAGAGCCUCUCCCUGGCAAAGAUGAAGGAGGUAGUUCUUUUCAAGUCCCAAGGUUACUAUUCAUCUUUUUUGUGUGGUUUGCUAAUAAGCAGGGCCAUGCCUUAUAUGCCAAAUGAAAGUUCUUGAUUCACAGAAAUGGUUCAAAUGGAGAUCCCUUUUGGAGUAGGGAGUGGGAGGGGGAACAAACAUGAUCUCUGUCCCACAGUACAACACUGGAAUGCUAUGACAGAGAGUCUCCAUUGGUGGAUUAAGCAGGAUCACCAACUGACCAAGCAGGCCUGGGGCAGAGGAUGUAGGGUCAGAGAGGAAGAAGGGAAUUGAGCUAGACGUUGUCAUAAAGGAAAAACAUUAGCUGUAGCCUCUGCACCAACCAACCAUGCCAUCUCUCUGCUCCUUCUGACAUCCUAGCAUGGCCUCAGAGAAGGCUAGUGUUAACCCAGUCUUACCGCAAUCUUGAGGAAACCAAAGGAAUGGAAGGGGCUGGUGAAUAAUUAUAGGAACAACACCUUAGUCUGAGGAGUGCUUCACACUCUUCCAGAAGGCUAUUACUUAAUCUCACUUACAUUUUAUAAGUACCAUAUUAGAUAUCCUGGUCAGGAAUAAUUAUGCCCAUUUAAAUUUCCUAUUGAAAAACUCACUCACCGGGCAUCUAACUAGUCCAGUGACAUGUGGCAGGGCCAGGGCUAGAACCCAAAACAGUAGGAUCUUCUGACUGUUGAUCCAUAGAUUUGUUACUUUCUCAACUUGAUAAAAUGCCCUUGUUUCUGCUCUUCCCUAUUUGGUCAGCAGACUUUGUAGACAAGGGGUUAUCAAUUAAAAUUCAGCUGCUCUAGCCCCACAAAGCAGGUCCACAGUUCAAUCCCAACAGAGUCUCUGGGGUUGAAAUGCUGAGGCCCUCUUUAGGGCUCCAUAAUCACCAUGUGGCUCAGAAUGUAAACAGCAGAGGAACUAAAGUCCCCACUCGAUCACUUACCAUCUCUUUAUGGUUGGGGUAGUAUGUCUGCUCAAUGAGUGGGAACUUUUCUCCUCCCAAUGUCUUGUAGAUGGCCACCAGCUGGGCAAACUGCAAAAGAGAAGUGAAUGUUUCAGCUUAUCUAGACACUGCAACAGACAGACAAACAUCAGUCUACCAAACAAAUAUUUAUUGAGCAUUUGCUCUGUUUGGGACUUUGUACAAAACACCAAGGAUAUAAAAGAGGUGUACAAUUCUUAUUUUUAAAGAACGCAUGUGUUAGUUGGGGAAGGGAGAGCGAAGGCACUAACAUUCAUUCAGUACCUAUACAAUUUUAAUGAUAUUUCAUUCAUUCCUCAUAUCAAAUUGAUAAACUAGGUAUUUUAUCAUCUUUAUUUUACACAUGAGGCUCAGAGACAGUAGAAAAGGUGCCUGAAGUCACAGACCUGCAAAGAGGUGAAGCUGGGAUUGAAAUUUGGAUCUCUAACCUUAAACACUUGUAUCUCUAAAGAUGACAAUUGAUAAAGCUAGAUAGGUAAUAUGGGGACAAGUCUUGAAAGUUCAAAUGCUAAGAAAGGAAUGGUAACUGUUUUCUGCAGGCAGUAUGGAGUCAUAAGAAUUUGAGCAGGGGUCAUGAAUAAAGCUGUUCUUUAGGAAGAUUUUGAUGCUCAUGUUAUGCAGGAUAGAUAGACCUAGUCUCUCUAGGACUUACUACUCAUCUAAGAACUGAAAUCACUAGAUCCUUCACCUAGGAGAAUCCAGAACAACUCUAUGAAGAAGAGGUAAGAGGUGAGGUACACAUACUUACAGUGUGAGGGUUGAAAAGUGUUUGGCAAACAUCUAGCACCCCCUGGAGUCCCCUGCCCCCACAUUUUAUAAGUGAAGAAACUGAAGCCCAGAGGGAUCACUUGCCCAAGGUCGUAUCAUAGUUGAGCUGGAUUCAUAGCCAGGCCCCUUUAUUUCCAAUCUGUAACUCUUCCUGCUCCUUCACAUGGCUGCCUUUCAGACUCUGCAGAGACCAUGCUCUUCCCGUAGGAAACACACAGGACUUUUCUGCUCAAUCCAUUCAAACACACACCCACCCACACACCUAUCUCCAGUGCACUGGCAACAGGGGUAAUCCAGCAUCUUCCCUCUAGUGCUACUUAGGUUAGUUUACACUCUAAAUCACUGAUAUCUGGAACUGCUAGAAGGAAAAGUUGCCAGGUCAAUUGCCUUCUAUUUAUCAGAGAAAGGAAAGCUAACAUUUUUCAAAAGCUCAGGUCCUAUUCUCUAUAAGAGAUGUUGGUAGAUGAGACAAUGGGACAGGGAGGUAUGCGGAGAGGAGUAGAAACUUAGAACUGGGCUGUUGGAAGACUGGGUUAGAGUCUUCUGGUUCUUGUUCUGCUUUUAACUCGCUAGGUGUCCUUGAGCAAAUGAUUUCUCCACUCCAGGCCUCAUUUUCUUCAUAUAUAAAAUGAAAGGAGUGAAUUUGAUCAGUUCCUCAAAAUUUUUACCAUAAAGGAACAUCAUUUUAUUAUAUUUCCUCCCAAACUCCAUUAUCAAACUCUAGUUUAAGUGAUCAUAUAUUGUGAUCCUUUUGUUGGCAAGGAUAGAAUUUUAUUAUUUUUGAAAUGCUGGAAAAUGUUGGAAUUUCUGGGUCACUCCCCUUUGUGACACAGCUGGUGACUGUAGAUCUUGAAGGCCUCCUCCAGAACUGAAAGUAUGAAUCCGGGACUCUCAAGCCCUCAAGGUUUUGUUAUUGAAAGAGACUUUUAGAGAGUCUCUAGACCAGACAUCUCAUUUUACACAUGAGGAUACUGAGGCUAGAGAAGCAAAGGAAAGCAUAGGUUCCCAGAUCAUGCCUGGAAUUGGGAACUGCACUAGGACAGCAGCCAGGUAGGUCUCCCUGCCCAUUGCAUGCUCCACUGUACCCUGCUGUCCUCGCUAUUUGGUUUUUCAACUUGCUUUGACUGUCAAGAUCAACCCCUCAGACUUUUCUUGCCCUCUCUGAUUCUCUCCAUCACUCCAUCUGACCUUUAAGUCCUGCCUGCCCACCUGGGCUGGCCUGGAUUCCUUUUCUGCCCCUGGAUACCUGCCUGAGCUCCCAAGAUUCUCCAGCAUCGCCGGCGAGCUCAUGCCAGCUCUGCCUAACAACCUCUGUCCUGCUGCAGCCCACGCCCUGGCAUGGCACCAAGGCAUGUGGGGCCUUAUCUUUCCAGCAUGUGGGAGAGUUACACAGACACCACAGCGAUGCCAGGAAGGCCCACGGCAAAAUCCCAGAGUCCUGGGACAACAAGACUAAAAUGGCAGCCAGUUCCCAGGCACUAGUUAGGUCCCUGGGAGCUCACCCUACCCUCCUCCACUUUAUCUCCAGCAGUCCCUAUCUGCUCAAGGUACUUAGCUUGGCAUCUAACCCCUGCCUCCUUGGAAACUUAGCACAAGCACACAGUUACCAAUUAAACAAAUGUAAUAUCUGAUAAGGGUUAUUUCCUGUAUGCAUAGACAAAAGAAUGGAUUUAGGAGCUAGGGGUGGUGUUGGCAAUGAAUAGGAAGAAUAUGUUCAUUAUCACCACUUCUUCAGUGAAUCGGGAAAGACUUCUUGGAAGAAAUGAGAUUUCAGGAUCAGUCUGAGUUUAAUAUGUUAUCCUUAGCCCUCCUGGAAAUAAAUGCUUUAAUUCAA